UGGACAAAUUUCUUUCUCCAAAUUCUUUGCUCUCUAAGAGGAGACAAACAAGUAGUCUUGUAAGGAAACCUCGCCAAAUACAUUCCCUUCUGAUCCCUUGAAACCGCUGCCUCAUAGAAACAAUUCCUGUGCAGUUGCUUGGUACAGUACCAACUUUCUUUUCGAAUCAAGAGGAUCAGUGGCACCAGCCUCAUUUCCCCAUGAAGGCUGUCACGGCUAUUCGACAUCCCAGCAGGAUGAAAACACGUCGCCGCAGUGCUCAGCCGAAACGACGAGCAAUCGAUGCAGAUGGAAUUGUCAUGAGCAGUGGCAUGGAUUCUGUUCCUCCUUCCUCUACUUCCCACGAUGUUGUAUCCUUUCUUCCUCCACCUCCUUCAUCCCAGUUCCGCUCCGUCGAAGAAGAAGAAAAGAAUAGACUUCAAACCUUCAAAUCAUCCUUGAGAAAGGCAAUUCAGAAUCAUAACCCAAACAGCAAGGACUUGGGGGGUGUCCCCUCUGUCAUUCAGUUGCUGUCCACGGAACCGGCCGUCUCUCCAAACAUGGACGGAGACGACCUGGCCCGACAGUUGAAGAAACUCAACAUCAAACAAGAUUCCAAGCAGCAAUCCAUGAUCAUUCAGGACUUGACCACAUGGCGAAAGAAGCUGGAACAGGAUAACUUGCAAUUGCGUGACCGGCUGGAUCUUGCUGAAGACACUAUUCGAGACCUCAAAGCGGUCAAAAGGGCCAAACAACAAGAGCAGCAGCAAAAGCAACAAGAGGUCGUGUCAAAACGAAUGACUUCUUGGUUAAAGAAGCACGUCAAAAAGUUGCCAAACCGAAAGAAGGACGCCUUUCAGAAUCCUGCGCAUCCUGGGGAAAAGACGUUCAAGGUGCCUUCUUCGACGUCGAAAACGAGGGUUACGUUGCUAGAACAUCAUGACCGCAGAGGAGGGCUCGUCAUGGAGAUUGGGAAACAGGCCAAACCUCGCUUAACAUCAUCGUCCAAAAAGCAAAGAGCUUCUCGUGAUUGCCCAGAUCCACAAGGACACGCACCAUCGUCCCGGAACAAACGCCCCUCUCGCCUGGCGGAACAACUGGAAGCUUUGAACUCUUCCGACCAAAUGCGGACACGGAAGGAAGUGUCAGUGUCCAAGACGAUCCAGGUCUCGUCCAGUGACACUUUGUCUAGCACCACAUCUUCGGGCGCCUCAUCCAGCGUGGACCCUCCGGCUGUUUAACAACACACGAUGCUUGAUGAUGUGUAGCAACACUCCGCUUAAAGGAAGUGAACGGCCAAUGGCAAAGGCAAAAGAGGUUGUCCAGGGAACGCCAAUAGGAAAAGCAAGCCGCAUAAGGAGUUAUGCUGUGUAGAUGGUUCUUAAUUAAAUAGAGUUGUUGGUGCAUGCGUAUGUGCCUCCUUAUCAUCUACUGCUGAUAGAAAGGG